GAAGUAGUAGUACCGAUGUAGUAGUAUUCUACUUGUAGUCGCUAGUUUCGUUUCGGCGUUCGUCGCGCACGCGUAUCACGUUCACGGUAUAAAAAUAUCAUUAUUAUUAUUAUUAUUAUUGUCGUAUAGAGGAGAAUAUAUUUUUAUUAUAUUAUAUUGUAUUGUUAUAUUAAUAUUAUUGUUUUUAAAAAAUAAAAAAUAAUUUUUUUUUAUUAUUAUUAUCAUCGUGUUGACAGUAUAAAAAUAAUAGUAUUGUAAAUUCGUAACGUACCGUCGGCGAUAUCAUCUGUACUCGCGCCGUUAUCUCUCUUUGGAUUUACAAAAAGUCGCAGCCGUUUGGUAGUCAAUAACAAUUUGCCAAUUUUUUUAAAUUAAAAAUUAAAAUGGAGAAUUCUGAAGGAGUGAAAAUCGAAUCAACUGUUGUUACAGAAGAACCAUUGAUUAGUGCUUUAGAUAUUGCUCUUUUCGUUGUUAUUAUAACAGUAGCAUAUUUUUGGUACUUCAAAAGAGAUAAACAGUCUAGUUCUUCAGAAAAAAAACCCUACACUAUUCAACCAUCUUCAUUGAGUUCUAUUGAACAGACCUCCAAUAGUUCCUUCAUAAAAAAACUUAAAUCAACCGGCCGUAGUUUAGUAGUAUUUUAUGGAAGUCAAACAGGAACUGCAGAAGAAUUUGCUGGAAGAAUAGCCAAAGAAGGAGCUAGAUAUAAAAUGAAAGGGAUGGUAGCCGAUCCUGAAGAAUGUGAUAUGGCUGACUUGGUAGAAAUGAAAGAAAUACAAAAGUCAAUGGCAAUUUUUUGUAUAGCAACAUAUGGUGAGGGAGACCCAACUGAUAAUGCUAUGGAUUUCUACGAAUGGCUUCAAAAUGGUGACGCUGACCUAGAAGGAUUAAAUUAUGCAGUAUUUGGAUUGGGAAAUAAAACUUAUGAACACUAUAAUGAAAUUGCUAUUUACAUUGAUCAACGUUUGGAAGAAUUAGGGGCUACUAGAGUUCAUGAAAUUGGUUUGGGAGACGAUGAUGCUAAUAUUGAAGAUGACUUUGUUUCUUGGAAAGAAAAAUUAUGGGAAAGUGUUUGCUCCCAUUAUGGUAUUGAAGAAACUGGUGAAGAAAGUAAUAUUAGACAAUACAAGUUAGUUGACUGUUCCGAAGUUUUACCAGAACGAAUAUUUUCGGGCGAAAUAUCACGACUUAAAUCUUAUGAAAACCAAAGAUUCCCAUUUGAUGUUAAGAACCCAUAUUUAUCCAAAAUUGCAGUUAAUCGUGAGCUGCACAAAUCUGGCGACCGCUCUUGUAUGCAUAUUGAGUUUGAUAUUGAUGGAUCAAAAAUGAGAUAUGAUACUGGUGAUCAUGUGGCUGUCUAUCCUAAAAAUUCUUCUGAAUUAGUAGAAAAAAUUGGAGAAUUAUUAAAUGCCGAUCUAGAUACUGUAUUUUCACUGUUGAACACUGAUGAGGAAUCGAGUAAGAAACAUCCAUUCCCUUGUCCUUGUACUUAUCGAACAGCUUUAACUUAUUAUUUGGAUAUAACUUCAAAUCCACGUACACAUAUUAUGAAAGAAUUAAUAGAAUAUGCAAGUGAUCCAAAGGAUCAAGAAAAAUUAAAGCUUAUGGCAAGCUCAACCCCAGAGGGCAAAAAAGAAUUCCACGAUUGGAUUUUACGUGACAACCGUAAUAUUGUUCAUAUUUUGGAAGAUUUACCGAGUGUUAAGCCCGAUUUGGACCAUUUAUGUGAACUACUUCCACGAUUGCAGUGUCGUUAUUAUUCUAUAUCCUCGUCACCAAAAGUGUACCCAAAAUCUAUCCAUAUUACAGCAGUUCUAGUAAAUUAUACUACUCCUACUAAUCGUGUCAAUAAAGGUGUUGCCACUAACUUGUUAGCCCAACUGAAACCAACCAAUGAUGAACUUCCACAACCUACUAUACCUAUUUAUAUUAGAAGAUCUCAAUUCAGAUUGCCUCCUAAAAGUCAAACUCCAAUUAUAAUGAUUGGUCCUGGUACAGGACUAGCACCAUUCCGAGGUUUUAUACAAGAAAGAGAUUAUGCACGUAAAGAAGGAAGAGAAAUUGGUGAAAUGGUUCUAUACUUUGGAUGUCGAAAGAAGGAUGAAGAUUUCAUUUAUGAAAAUGAACUACAAGAAUAUGUUGCUAAUGGAACCUUGACAAAGCUACAUUUGGCAUUUUCACGUGAUCAACCUGAAAAGAUAUAUGUAACACAUUUGUUAGAACAAAAUGCUGACGAAUUAUGGAAUAUAAUCGGUGAAAAAAAUGGUCAUUUAUAUGUUUGUGGUGAUGCGAGGAGUAUGGCAAAGGAUGUGCACAAUAUUAUUGUAAAAGUUGUCAUGGAAAAAGGUCAAAUGACCAAUAGUCAAGCACUCAAUUACGUUAAAAAAAUGGAACAACAGAAAAGAUAUUCUGCUGAUGUGUGGAGCUGAUUUAUAAUACUGUUACAGACUUUGUUUUUAUAUAAAUGUACAAUGUUAAACAAUUUUGUUAAGGAACAUUUUAAAAAUAAUUCAUUUACUAAAAAAAAAAAAAAUAGUAACAACAAAAAUGGAAGAGAUGUGGGCUUCUUAUCUGUUUUUUUAGUUUUAAUUUAUUUAUAUUGUUGUGAAAAAUGUAUAAAAGAUACUAUAAUAUUUCUGUUUUUAAAAAUUUUAAAUUAUAUAUGAUAAAGUUUUACUAUUAGAAAUUUUAUAACUUCUAUUAAAACUAUUAGAUAUAUUUUUAUGAAAUCAUUAAAUUAUUGGUAUUUUUUUCCUUUUAAAUAGUAUCCUUAAUGAUACCAUUCAAAAGUAUAAUCAAAUUUAAUGCAAAUUGUUUUCAUAUAUUUAUUUUUUUGUUUCACAUAGUAAUAAAUUAUAUUAGAAUACUACUCUUCUUAACUCAUAAUAUCCAGGAAAAUAUUACCUUUUCUAAAUCAAAAUAAAAAUGUUUUUAUUUUAUUAUUUAAAGUAUACUAUGAACAGAAAUUUACGGUGUUUUGUUAUAGAGAAAGUGACAUUCCUGAUUCCAUGUUUUGUGUCACAUGUAUAUAUUUUAUAAUAAGUAUUUUCAUACUAUAAAUAUAUAUAUAUGUAUUUAGUAAAAAGUAAAGAUGAGUAAUAUAUUUUCUGAAUAAUUAUAAUAAACAAGUAGGUAUUUUAUUGUCAUUGAAAAGUUAUAAAAUUAUAAAUAUAUAUUUUCAAAUAAAUUAGAUACCUAUGUAAUAAUAGUAUAUUAGUUUAAGAGAAACUUAUUUUAUUACCCAAGUUUAAUAAGGUGCUGUAUUAUGUUUGGUUUUUUUUUUCAACCACUUUCAUAAUGAAAACAUGCAUUGUGUACUUAACUUACUGUAUAUUGUAUACUUGCCAAUUGGGUCAUUAUACAAAAUAUUAAAUGUUUUAGUAGACUUAACUUUAGAUUAUGCUAGUGAUAGUAAUGAUUAAUGAACUAUGUGUUCCAAGUCUUCCACAAUUUAAUAUUACUAGUUACCACAAUAUAAGCCAAUGUCUAAUCACUUGUAUUUUAUAUAUGGUGCAAUUAACAUGAUUACAUGGCUUUUGUAAGUACUAUUUUAAUUGAUAAACUACUCAAAAUAAUUUUAUUUUAAAUAUUGUUGUGUAAUGGUGAAAAAAAAUUAAAAUGGUACUUUUUUUUUAUAUUUACAGAAAUAUAUUUUGUUUGUAUAACUUUUUUAUAUAAAAUGUGUUGGUAUUAUGGGUUUGUUAAAAUCGUAUUUAAAUUCUGAUGUAUUUAUUUCUUUGUAAAACUUUAUUCAAUUUGUUAUUACACGGUGUACUUUUAUGUGAGAUAUUUUUAUAAGCGUUACCAUUGUAGUAAGCAUUUAAAAACCAACCUUUAUUCUGAGUUCUGAUUUACAGAAAAUAAGUAAACUUAUCUGUGAUUGUGGUAGUUAUAUGAUCAUUAUACAGCUAACUUAUUGAAUACUGCCGAUUGUGUUAAAUGUUUUGAACUAUUAUCUAAUAAAUAUUAAUUUAAAAUAAUA